UUGGUCGAUUCGAAUCGAAAUCGUUCGGUGGGAUUUGUAAGAGGGAAGAAAAGGUGGUGGUAUGAUAUAAUCGGUCGAUAGAAGACACUCGACGCGACGGUCGUUCGGUUGGACCGUUAUCGGGGAAAGUGGCCGCGCGGUUUAAUUCGGUUUUAUUCGCGGUUUAAUCGACUCGUGAAAUGACGAUCGUAAGACACCCUCGAGUAAGUUUCCGGCAAAGGAACUAGUGGAGGGGGGGAGUGAGCGCGAGUGAACAGUGUGCGAUCGGGAAGUGCGAGCGGCUGUGACGAGAAAACUGUGACAAAUGGUUCAACCAGUGCGCACGGAGAACAACAACUCCGCCCUGGACAUGGAGUCGCUCGAGGAGAUGCUCCGCAAGCUCUCGGAACUCGAGCAGCGAGUGUUGGAAGCGGAGGGUCGAGCCGACGAGGCGGAGGACAAGGUACGGAUGAUGGAGGAGCGGCUAGUGAAGGGUGAAUAUUGCUUGAGCACAUCCGGCGUUGGUUCUCCACCGCAUUCGCUGCCGUCGACUUCCGGUACGCAGAAUGACAAGAUCGAGGAUGUCCAUUGUGCUUGUAUCUCGAAGCUAGAGACACAGGUCGAGGAACAGAGGCAGUUACGGCUUCAAGACGCGAGACAGGUCGAGGCGAAAGCCGCGAGAAUAAAAGAAUGGGUGACCAAUAAGCUGAGGGAAUUGGAACAGCAAAACCAGCAUCUAAGGGAACAGAAUAACAAGUGUAACCAACAGUUGGAAUUACUGAGAAAUCACAUAACCAACAUCGGCCUGAAACCACCUGCACCCACGAGAGCGUCUUUGUCCUUGGAAGUAGACCCGACGUUACGCAGACGAUCGGAAAGCUUGGAGGGAACACCGCAAGCUAUACCGGAAAGCGUGCAGAGCUCUGUAGCGGAACCACAAGCCGGCACCAAGCACCGAAGACACCUAUCCGCUUGCGGAACUAUACAACGAGGAAUUACAACCACCAACAUGGACUCAAGCUUACUGUCGGAAGAACUCGCUGCGGCGGUAGAAAAUUUGGUGAUGUUGCCGAAUAUACCUGGAGUCUCGGAGACGAGCAGAGACAGCGGAAGUUCGGAGGCCAUUCACGAUUACGCGGAGAUUUAUACACCGAGUAGAGAAGGGAUGAAUUGGGCUCAAAGCGCGCAGGGUCCUCGACCGCCUACCCCGCCUCUGCACCGAUUUCCUAGUUGGGAGGCAAAGAUAUAUCAAGUAGCGGAUGGUGGGCUUGGCAUCGGCCCACCUACGAACGAGGAAUCCGCACCUUCCACGAUGACCAAUACGACCAGCUCGUCGAAACAUUCCCAAGCGACAGGACACAACUUGACUGCCCACAAUUCUCAAGGCUAUUGCGACAUUUCAGUUCCAGUCUACGCAACAGUCAAAGGGCGAGCCAGUCAAAUUAGAUCCAUGCCUUUUGGCGACAGUUCUGAUGACAGUUCGGAUGGCGAAGAGCAUCCUAAUCAAACGGAAACCAAUACAAGGAUUACCAAUAGUUCAUCGGACAACACAGACUCGUCACUUGGUAGCGGAAGUAGUCCGUCGAAGAGCGUUAAAACUACAAGCAGUCUUAGUCCCGCCAAGAGAAGCUCCAGCGGUUCUCCUAGCAAAAGCGUGAAACGUGACACCUCUCUGGAAUCUGGUUUAUCGGAAGAUUAUGCGAUACCUCCUGAUGCUCUUAGCUCUACCUCCCUUGAAUCUAGCAUGCCUAGUUUGUUAAUGCGAGUCUCUGGUGAGAGUCCAAAACGACAAGAAUCGUUGGAAAAGACAGGCCAUCUCGCAAAACUCGGUGGUAAAUUGAAAACUUGGAGAAAAAGAUGGUUCGUGUUGAAGAAUGGAGUGCUCACAUAUUGGAAAAGUCAAAAUGAUGUAAAUCGAAAGCCUCAAGGUCAAAUUGUGCUGGAUGAAGUGUGCAGGAUAAAUAGGGCGGAAGGUGCGGCCACAUUUGAAAUAGCAACAGGCAAGAAAACGUAUUAUUUAACGGCAGAUUGUAUCGCAACGAUGGAAGAUUGGAUAAGAGUUUUACAAAACGUACAAAGGCGAAAUGCAACGAAACUUUUGCUCAGCAAAGAAGAUAAUAAGCCUACGAUACAGGGAUGGUUGACGAAAGUGAAGAACGGGCACGCCAAGAAAUGUUGGUGCGUCCUCAUCGGAAAAAUGUUCCUUUACUUUAAGUGCCCUAAUGAUACGAAUCCUAUUGGACAAAUAAAUAUGAGAGAUGCUAGAGUAGAAGAGGUCGAACACGUGUCCGACAGUGAUAGCGAGGAAAGGGACGCUGAAUGUCCGCAUGAAAGAACGAUCGGUAUUUUUCCUACUCAUCAAGGUCCUACGUACUUGCUCAUGCCCCAUAAGCAAGAUAAAGACAAUUGGUUAUAUCACUUGACGGUGGUAUCCGGAGGUGGACCUAAUGCAGGAACUCAAUACGAGCAAUUAGUGCAAAGAUUGAUGGAAACCGACGGGGAUCCUAGCUGUGUACUCUGGAGACACCCAUUGUUACUACACACAAAAGAAAAUAUCACUAGUCCAUUGACUAGUUUGACAUCCGAAGCCUUGCAAACUGAAGCCAUCAAGCUUUUCAAGGCUUGUCAAUUGUUCAUGUCGGUGGCAGUAGAGCAAGCAGGCAUAGACUACCAUGUGGUAUUAGCGCAAAACGCAUUGCAACAAUGUAUAGACCAGCCUGAAUUACAAUCUGAAUUCAUAUGUGCAUUGGUAAAGCAGACAAGUCGUCACACUCAACACCGUUUGGGCGUACAGGUAAAAAAGGCCGCCAGACUUGUGUCGCUGGGUACUGCGCGCGUUCAGCUCCUUCUCUGCGCCACGCAAUCGCUGUUCACCUGCGAUACGCAAAGUCCCGCGGCAAAUGGCAGCGGUGAAAAUGCGGACGCACAAUCGACGGCCUCCACUUCUCACAGUCCUCCGCUCAUGCAGGGCCAUUCGACUUCUACGAUUUUGGACUGCAAAACUAAUCCCGCCCAGUACGUUCUUAUCCAGGGAUGGCAGCUGCUCGCGCUUGCCGUUUCUCUAUUCCUACCAAGAAAUAAUCGAUUACUCUGGUACCUGAAGUUACACUUGCAAAGAAAUGCGGAUACCAAAACGGAAUGCGGCAAAUAUGCAGCUUAUUGUGAAAGAGCAUUGGAAAGAACGCUUCAAAAUGGUGGAAGAGAGGUGAAGCCUUCGAGAAUGGAAGUUCUAUCAAUAUUAAUGAAAAAUCCUUACCACCAUUCCUUACCACACGCAAUACCAGUUCAUUUUUUGAACGGCACGUAUCAGGUUGUAAGCUUUGAUGGUAGCACAACAAUAGAAGAAUUUCUAAAUACUUUAAAUCAAGAAAUUGGUUGCCGAGACGUUCAUCAAUCAGGUUUCACGUUAUUCAGUGACGAUCCGAUUGAAAAAGAUCUUGAACACUUCAUUGAUCUUCAAGCAAAACUUUGUGAUAUAAUCUCCAAAUGGGAAACUGCAUUGAGAGAAAAGGGUUCGGGAAAAUUCGAAAAUACCAGAGUAAUACAAUUAACGUAUAAAUCGCGAUGUUAUUGGAGACAGGCAGCUAAAAUGGAAACCGAUAGAGAAAGACUUCUUCUUUGUUAUCAAGUAAAUCAACAAGUCGUACAAGGAAAAUUUCCGGUAAAUCGAGAACUUGCAUUUGAACUUGCGUCAUUAAUGGCACAGAUCGAUUUUGGAGAAUAUAACAAUGACAAAGCUCGAGGGAGUGGCCCAGGAAGUAAUCCGCAUCAUUUGGUGCUUCAAGCUUUGGACAAAUUUUAUCCCGUACGAUAUCGAACAAAUAUUACUGCCGAACAAUUGAGAGAAUUGCAAGAGAAAUUGCAAGAAAAGUGGCUUGCAUUAAAAGGUCGUAGUGUAUUAGAUUGUGUACGCAUAUAUCUAACUUGCACUAGAAAAUGGCCUUUCUUCGGAGCUACACUUUAUCAAGCAAAGUUAAAGCAAACUGAACCAAUAACCGUAUGGAUAGCUGUUUCCGAAGAUAGUGUUAUACUAUUAGAAUUGCAAACAAUGGCAGUGAUGUGCCGUUAUAAUUAUGCGAAUAUAGUUACAUUUGGAGGAUGUUUGGAUGAUUUCAUGCUGGUUGCUUGUUCUGAUGAAGGUGCAGCUGAACAGAAACUCUUGUUUGCACUUUCGAAACCUAAGAUUUUGGAGAUAACAUUAUUAAUUGCCGAUUAUAUGAAUGCCUUGGGACACACUUUACCUGGUACUCCACAAAUGAAUACAUUAACUCGUAAUGGAUCUCACAGAUCCAUAAAAUCAACCCUACGACCCACAACUGGUUCAGGCUGUCUUCCAACGCAACCAGAUAUUUUAAAAUCUACGCCAGAUCACCAAAGACCUUAAAAAAAGACUGGUCAAUGGG